AGCUGCGUUGUGUGAACUGGAGACCAACGGUCCACGGACGGCACACCUCCAAAUCUUCGUCCUCUUCGCGCACCCGAAAACCUCCUCGAUCGCCUGCAUCGACCCGGCCAAUAGAACCCUACGAAAUCUCGAUUCUCGCAAACUGUCAGGGCGGCAGAAAACGCGUUGACCAUUCACACCCCUUCGCCCCACCCUCCAGAUCCCGACCAGGCGGCGCGCCCCCGCCCUCGCCGGGGAUACCGGAUCUGCCGUCGAGCCGCCGGGGCACCACGGCCGAUGCGACCAGCACAGCACCGCUGCCAGAAUCGCCGACGAAUCGGCUGACGCGGUAAACUAGUCUCCCGCCCGGCUGCCAGCCGAUGGGCACCUGCGGGCUCGCCGCGGUCGUCGCGCUACUCCUCGCCUCGGCUCUACUCCCUGGCCCCGAUUCCGCUUCAGCCAGAAGCCUUCUGGAAGGCGAGAACCCCAGCUCCGGCGAGAGGAGGUUGUUUGGGUCUCCACAGGACGCUCCUGCACCAGCCGUUUCUGGCCAGUCUUCAGCCGCGGGGCAGCAGACUGAGAACAAGCGGCAUCAGGAAUCACUGCCGCCGGUGACGUCACCACCGCCGCCGCCGCCCACGCAGGAGACUAAUUCGCAGAAGGCAGCCAGUCCUCCCCCAGGACCCAAUGUCGGGACGGGGCAGGAGGACACAGGGAGUCAAGGGAGGAGGGAGGAGACUGACAAACUGAAGGAGGCCAUGGAGAAGUGUGACGCCUCGCAUAAGUGUUCCUCUGGAAACGAAUUUUCUGCUUGCCUUCAGGUUCCUGAUAAUGCUUUAGUUGGGCCAUACAUUAUUGUCCACAAUGAAGGCCAACAUGAUAUGGACAUUGAUGUCAAAGAACCAUCAUCAAAUACAAACAAUGAUAAAAAGCCUCUACAUCUUGUCAAAGGUGCCUUUGGACAGAUGAACAUAACAUAUACCGCUUCAGAUGGUGGGAAUGUUACUUUAAGUGAUGGGAAAAAUGUGGACUGCAUCAUACAUGUUGGGGGGACAGUAGAGAGGCAAUCAGUUUCUGAUUUGCAAAAACAGUUUCAGCAGGUUGCAGCCUAUGCAAUGCAUUUGAAUCCAAUUUAUGGAGCCUCUUUUUUUGUUUUCGCUGUUGUUUUGGUUAGCGUUGUAUGUGUCUGUUGUAAGUUUGCGAAGAGGAGAGGCAAUGAUGGACUCCCGUACCAACAGCUUGAGAUGGGAGGUCAGGCACCGAACUCUUCAGGUGUAGACAUCACUGCAACCACCACAGACGGCUGGGAACACGACUGGGAUGAUGACUGGGAUGAUGAAGCAGCAGCAGGACCUGUAGAUAAAAAACCUACAAGCAGUGUCUCAGCAAAUGGCCUUCCGUUGAGAUCACAGACGAAUAGCAAAGAUGGUUGGAACGUGGAUUGGGAUGACUAAGCUCCUACAGAAGAACUUUGAAUGGGGAUGUCAAGUGAGAUAGAAGAUACUUCCAUCUGCCUGACUUGUAGGAAAGAGUCGAACAAGGACAACUAAAACUCGAACUGAUGGAACUCAGGCUUGGUAAAGUAACCCAUAUCCUGGAAAGGUGAAGGAUUGGCUCACUUCAUACGGUUUGUACCAUAGUGUUCACCUUUUUUCUAUCUGAGCUGAUAACUGUUAGCAGUACAGAUUUUAGUUCUUUUUGGGUUGUAAUACUACAGCAGAAGUUGUUAGUAUAUAUCGAAAACACAUUUUAUUCUUUUUUUUUUUGGGGGGGGGGGGGGGGGGGGGGUAAUUAUUCUCUUUUGUACACACUCCUGAGUACCAUAUCAUUAGUGUAUCAUUGAUGCUGCACGCUUGGACUGGUUGGAAGCAGAUCCUGCUGAGCUGCCAUAUCAAAUGCUACACAUAAUUUGCUUGCA